GUCCCCUUUAAAUCCCUCGGAUGACGUCAGCGGCUGGGUUUAGUCGCUUUGUUUGUCCGGAGCAGUUUUUAGCUUCAGAGCGACAACAGACGGACAACGGACGGACAACGGACCGCCGACGGACAGACGCUUCACCGAGGCAGCAGCACCGACCGACCGACGGUGUCUUUAACCAGCUGUGUGCUAUAAUAACCGUGUAACAACGCCGACAGGAGCGAUGCCGUCCGACAGACCCUUCAAACAAAGGAGGACAUUCGCUGACCGGUGCAAAGAGGUCCAGCAGAUCCGCGAUCAGCACCCCAACAAGAUCCCUGUGAUCAUUGAGAGAUACAAGGGAGAGAAACAGCUGCCCGUUCUGGACAAGACCAAGUUCCUGGUACCUGACCACGUCAACAUGAGUGAGCUGGUGAAGAUCAUCAGACGCCGGCUGCAGCUGAACCCCACGCAGGCCUUCUUCCUGCUGGUCAACCAGCACAGCAUGGUGUCCGUGUCCACUCCCAUCUCCGAGAUCUACGAGCAGGAGAGAGACGAGGACGGCUUCCUCUACAUGGUCUACGCCUCGCAGGAGACCUUCGGCUGCUAGGGAGGGGGACGGGGGAGGGAGGGAGGGAGAGCGGGGACAUCUUCUAGGUGCUGGGAGGACGGGGAGAAGGUAGAGGGAGGGGGACGCUCAAGGGGGGUGUCAGAAACCGACCAGAAUCCACCAAACUCCGCGAUCCUCCCCACUUUGUUGCAUCGUAGGCCCAACGUAGCAGCGCCCCCUGUCCCUGUCUCUUAUUAUUGGUCAGUACGUACAACACUAGCUACAAAAGCCAGAGGACAUCCUGUGUGUCUUUCCCGCCCUCAGAGUUCAGAAUCCAACCCGUGAGAUCUCUGAGUGCUCCUCGUUUUACUUUCUCUAUCGUUCUUUCGGUUCCACACAGAAUGGGUUCUCUUAUUUUGAAAACCGGUGACCUUUCGGAGUUUGGAAUCUGCGAGUAAAAUUUUAUUUUCAUCCUUAAAACUACACUAAACUUGAAACCGGGCACUCACUUGCAAAGCCAGUCAGGAUGUAAUCUGAAGCAGGUGAACACACAGCACAGUGCGGUCGCGAACCACCUGCCGCCGGAUAUAUUCUCGCCAUCGGAGCGGCAGCAGGACGAGCGAGGAGACAGAUUCAUAGUGAUUGUCGUUUUACCUUUUUUAACUCACGUUUUAGUUUUUUAAUUACUGUCUUCUGUUUGAGAUAUUAGCUGUAGUUUGUGUAUUUUUAGGUAGUUCUCAGUUUGUUUUAAUCAUACAUUUACCGUCAGCCUGAAGCUCAACUUCGCCAACUCGCCACUGGCUACCGAGUAGCUGACAAUCAGGCUAACCGUAACGCUCGGAAAGUUCACUACAUUUUACAUGUGCAAUAUUUAUCCCCUCACACAGCCCAAGCAGCACAGUGGGUGACACUACACUACUCCCCCCCCCCACCCCCUCGUACAGCUACUGUAACGUAUUAACUGCUCAGUCACAGAAGGGAAGUUAGCAUUAGGGCCACUAGCCACAUGCUGCUACAUCCCAUCAGGCAUGUUAACAGACUGAACUCUACGUCUGUUCACCCCGUUAAGCACAACACGCCUGCAGUGUCACUACUCACCCGUCUUCCUGCACAAAAAGCUCACCCUCUUUAACCACACACACACACACACACACACACACACACACACACUGAACGUCAGUCAGGUGAAGCAGAUGUUCUCCAGUAGAUUUUAGACGGAGGGAACGAGGGAUGCCCUCUGCUCAUACAGUAAACGCUUGCUGGCUUUAAAAGAAGGAAAGAGCAGUUUGUUGCUAACUGUCGCUAGCUUUAAACUGUUGGUCAGGAUUGACAGCUCAGGAGGGGACAUCGUCUCUACAGGGGCAAACAGGAGGGGGUCUGGGGCAGUUAUAUGGGGAUGAUUACAGGAUGUUUUUGUGGGAUUUAGUUUAUUUGUCCAAGUUCUCUCUGGCAGACUCACUGCGCAGUGAAACGCCAAUAAAACCCCCCCAUUCUGUGUCCUGAUGUGUCCUGAUGUGUCCUGAUGUGUCCUGAUGCAGCCUGGCAGGGGAGGGAGCCAGGAAGUAAUCAGAUCCCAGAGCAGCCUUUCAGCCCGAGCUGAGGUGAAAUAAGACCCCCCCCCACCCUCCUUUAAUAUCAUCAGCCCACUGCGAGGGCGACGUCUCCUCCUGGCCUCGUGUCAGACAGCCUGUAAGAUCGCCGUGUGUGUCAUGGUAGCGUAGAGUCGAGCAUUAGACAAAAGAAAAUGUAUUUAAUGUCUGAGAUGAAUGAGCUUCUUUUGCACAUAAAUUAAUACAAAUAUAAAAGAGUUGGCAUAGAGUUUUUUUUAGGAAUUACUGUAACUAUAUAACAAUUAUCUCCUCUUUUUGUAUCCUCCUCUAGAGCACUGCUGCUCUCUGUCUGUCCGUCCAUCUGUCUUUGUUUAAUAACUUUAUAGUGAUGCACUACAGACCUUGCAUGUUUUGACUUUUUUUUUUAUAAAUGUAUAUUGAUUUUACGCUAUAUAGAUAUAAUUGUAUUGUUUAAUUAAGAAAGUCUUUUUAGAUGUUUUUCCCAAAACCAAAAACUGAAAAUAUAAGUGUAUGUGUAUGUUUGAAACAAACAAAAACAAGAUGUGUGCGUAUAAACGAUCAUAUAAUCGAGCUGUAUUACAAAGCGUGUUUUUCUUUAGGCUUUCUGACAUUGUCACUGUUGGAGGGGUGUACAUAGACGCAUUGCUACCUUAUUCAAAGCAUUUGCCAAUAAAUAAAAAAAGUUGCCUUUAA